AAUUCUUCGUUGCUAACAUUUUAAACCGGUUUAUGACAGGUCGGGCCCGCUCCUAAACAAUCCGUUUGUUGACUGUUUUAUUUGACCGUUAACUUACUGUGGGAUCCACAUGUAAGAUGUUUCUUCUUCCUCCAUUCUCUCCUCUCUCUCUCUCUUCUCUCCUCCUUGCCCAAGCUCCAGCACCUCCACCACUCACCGACGACCACCUCCACCACGCGGCCGCGCCCAGGAGCAAGGCGAGCAAGGGCCGCCACAAGCCGCGAGCGCCGGGAGCCGCGCAGGAGCAAGGAGAGGGCCGCCGCGCGCCAUGGCCACGAGCAGCGGCAGCGGUCGGCCGCCUCGCCUCGCGCCUCGCUGGUACGGGCCAAGGAGCACGGGCCUCCACCAGCCGCGCCAUGGCCAAGGGCUCCGACCGCGCGCCAUGGCCACGAGCAGCUGCAGCAGUCGGCCGCCUCCUUUCGCCUGCCAGCGACCUGGCGGCCGGCGAGCCGCCGGCGUCGUUUCCUCCGGGUGCACAAGUUGCCAGGGGCCCGAUUGCUUUUUCGAAAAACAUUUACGGACCCGAUUGCUUUUUUUAGAAAACUUACAGGGGUUUUCUCUAAAUGCGUAAAGGAACAGAUUUUUUUUAAUUUAGAAUAACAAAGGGACACUGACAUGUGGGCUCCACAUGUAAGGUAACGGUCAAACUGACGGUCACACAAACGGUUUUCUUACAUGCGGGUCCUAACUGUCAUAAUCACGAUCAAUAGUAAAGCACUGGACGAUUAGAGUUUUUUGAAACAGCCGACCUCUGAUUUGGUAGUUAUCAGAGAAAAAAAAUAUUCGGUAGUUUUUUGAAACCCUAACCUGUAAAGUAGUAGUUUUAUCCUAUUUACUCGUCGACAGGGAGAAGCUACUCCUGGCAACUCCGGAGGACAUCAUGUCCCUGAAGACGUAGAUGGCCUCGUCCAGUCGGUUGUCUUGGUGGCACGCUGUCGAUGAAACUAGUCCAUGCUGCUUCGGGCACUGGCUCCUGCGAAGAACACCUCAUCGUGUGAAGCACUUGCCGCGCACUGUCCUGCCGGGCGGAGAGAACAGCGCUCCGCGCGCCUCUAUCGCUGGGCUGCAGACCUCGCCGGGCGUAAGCUGCCUCCGUUGCCGGAGCAACUGGAUGCAGUGAUCCGUCGUUGUAGAGUACAUUUCUUUUCACCAAUUAGCACAUACUCCCUCCAUAAAGAAAUAUAAAAGCGUUUAGACCAUUACUUUAAUGAUCUAAAUACUCUUAUAUUUUUUUUACAGGAGUAACAAUUAAUGACUUUACCCAAAACUCAUUUGCUAAUUUAUUCAUAGCAAAGCUGGACCGGCCAGCCAUUGGAAUUAAUUAUUAACGUCGAAAACUUUGCUUUACUGUCAGGUGUCAAAAAAAAAAAACUUUGCUUUACUGUUGGUCCAGAUCUAAUCUCGUUCUUUGCACGAAUAUAAGCAUAUAAUUUACUGCCAAGAGGGGACCAGGCUUUGUUAGUUGAAAUCAAAGGAGCUAUUUAGCCUGCUUUUCUUUUCCUUUUGAACACGACCUCUUCAGCUUGCUGAUACACAUACUCCCAAGUUAAGUAGUAUUGGAUUGCAGCUGCUCUUUAGUUCUUCCUGCGCUAUUCCUCUCCUUGCAGAAGUCUAAGAGGAACAUCUACUUCAGGGUAAGAUCGGUAAGAUCAAUCAUUGAGUUCACAGGAGCACACUAUUUUCAUUCCAUUUUCAGUUUACCUUUCUGCAUGGAUAGUCUGUGGAACGGUGCAGCUAGGUAGUACAGUAUCAUCUUCUUCCAAAACAUUUACCAUAAUGUGGAGAGCUGAUCGUCUUCCUUCAUCCACCAUAUGCAGGCGCCAGCCAUGUCAUGUUGGGAUAAGUUCGGUGGAGGGUCACGUAAGAAGCUUGUUGAGGACAGUCGUUGGACAGAAGUAGACAUAGCCAACAGUUACGCCCUGUUCAUGGGCUACCUGUCCAUGGCCGUCAAAGGUCUUGGUUUCCUGGUGCUUACUUGGACCACCGUCGUUCUUCUUGGCGGUUUCAUUGGCGACCUGCACAACAAUGAUUUUUGGUGUCUUGCAUUCAUUACCCUUGCGCAGACGGCUGGGAUCUUCGAUGUGUUUCUGACUGAAAAGCUGAGCUAUAUUGGAGAUGCAUUUUCUGGCAUCGCAUAUGUUGCAUACGCCGGAAUGUCGUACAACAUAUGGCGAACUGUUCAUGCUCUGGUCUUUGUCAUUUUGUUGUGCCCUCUGGUGGCUGUCUACAUGGGUGGGUUGGUAGUUUCGGCCGUGCUUUCGGUGUGGCGUCUUAUACAACAAGAUUACCAUGCUGACGGAGUCAGAAACCUGAAGAAGGCGCUGGUCGUCUUGUAUUCCCUUGUCCUGCUCCAGGGUGUGAUUUUCUGCUACAAGAUCAUCAAUGGUUGGGCAAAGGGGUCUAUAGUGAAUGCAGUAGUUGACCAAAGAGGCUUUGAUAAGGAUUUUCGUGAUGGGAUAUCGGAUUACAUACGUGAAACAAUGAUCGGAUGUGAAAAGGACCCAUCUUCCGUUAAAGGAAGGAACCUCAUCACAUAUGCUGUGGGCCUGAUGGAGUCUAAGUCGCCUGACGACUACAUUUCCGGGGUAAGGAUCCUGGACGCUUUCGCCAAAAAACUGGAGGAAGCAGUGAAAGAGGUCAAUGGGGUAGACGACCCACACCAAUACACAGGGGAGAAUAUACUCAAGAAACAUCUGAUAAUGUCUGCACCCUCUCCUGAUAUAGUCCAGAAGCUACUGCAGACGUUGGGCCACAUAAGCAUAUAUGACAGAGAGACGAGGGGGCAUGCCGCAAGGGUAGUGGCGAGCAUUGCUCGCGACAUCCAUUUGGAGAAAUAUCCAAAGGCAAUUGGCUACAUAUCUUCCCUCCUUGACACAUACGAAGAAUACAGUACUCUCCAGCCAUAUAGGGGAGACUGGCUAUACGAGACAUAUGAACAAGAUUUCAAGCAAAUAUCCUUGCCGGUGAACCAAGAUGACAUCGUUGAGCAAGGGGACUAUGAUGUUGGCCUUGCGAAAACCUGCAAGAAGCUGCUGGAGGUUGAGAGAAGUGACCAUGACCUUGUGCAGGCGUACAAAAGGCUGGUGGAGCAAGGCUUUCGCAUCCUUCGGAAGCUCGCAGCCAACAAUGACAACUGCAGAGUCAUUUUCAGCACCCCAUGUCUGCUGCCAAAGAUUAUGGCGCCUGUGACCUCCGACCUACUCCACCACCGCAAUGAGGAUGGCCGCAUGAAGCACAUUGACAAUGCUGCAUGUUACAGCAUAGUAGAAGGUUCAAUGAAGGUGAUUGCCCAGCUCACGGCUGCUACAGGGCAGAUAGGCACCAAGCUGCGUGAUGAAAUCUCAUGCAGUAUGGGAUUGAUCACAGCCAUGAGGAUGAUUCUCGAGUGUAAAGAAUGCAAUGAAAUGCUGCAGAAAAUAGCUAUUUGGAUUCUCACGCACGUACACCAGGAUGAAAAUUCCAGUCCAGAGCAUGAAGGGACACAAGAAUUCAUUACGAUGUUGGUUGACAUCAUGACCCAUGAUAAAAAGUACAAGGAGGCUAGAAGGGUGGUAGCAGCUAAAGCGCUGGUGGCUCUAUCAUCCGAAACCAGUAGUGCCAGGAUUAUCAUUAAGUCAAAUAACAAUGUUAUUCACAGUCUGACUAGACUGAUUGUUGAAAAACAAAGAUGCUCACAAAUGGCAGCUGAAAUCCUGGAAAAUGUAUGCAUUCAUUGCAACGGUGAUGUUCAAAGCCUCAAAACGCUGAAGGAAGCUAUGCCCAUUGCGGUUCCAAAGCUGCUUGAAGAAAUACUUUUCUGGCCAACAGAAGGAAGACAUAUAGAAGGAACAGAAGUUAAUCGGCUGAUACCAGAACCCGACGUAGAAAACCAAUGUGAUGAUUCCCCAGAUAAUGGCCAGGCAAACAACAACUCGUUGUCCGCUCAGCAGCAAGGGUACAGCUCGUUUCGCAUGUUAUCUCGUUGCAUCACAAUAUGGGGUGCGUUGAUAAGUGCAGAUCAGGACUUGACAGAUCUAUUUACGGAAAUCCCCCCUGGAGGCGGUGGAAUUAGCUUCGUGAUGAAGCUCAAAGAGAUCGUUGAAAAACAUGAGCUCCCCAGACCCGUCUGCCUGAGAAUAAGGAAGCUUGUCUGUAAGAUGGUCAUAUCUAUGAUGAAUCCCAAAGGCAGUUAUGUCAAUGAUGGGCUGACGAGCUUGAUGGCUGCACUGUCCAGUGCUUCAGAUGACAUGUCUAUUCUUGAUGGCUACAUGGUUUUUGGACCAAGGCCUUUUAGAAGUCUUGCUUCCCUCGUGGAAGAAGCGCAGGUGCUUGUGGACAGAAACAAAGAGCUUUUCCAGAGCCAAACCCAUGCUUCAAGCUAGUGGUAGUGGAAAGGGUGGUGGCAAAAGCGCAG